AUGUCGUCCGCCAUUCCCGUAGGCGUCUACGGACGUCGCAUUCCAGCUGGAAACUUUCCCAUCCUGGCUGCUGACGACCAGUCUUCCACUUUCCGCAUCACCAUGGCGGCUAUCGACCCAGAUGCCGAGCCUCAAAUCGACGACGAGCACAAGCACCCUCGCGCGACUCUGAAGCUCAUCCGAGUGCCCAUGGACUUUGACUCGGACGAUGAUGAUGAUGAGGACUACGAGGAGGGUGACAUCGAGGCUAUCGCUGCUCGUCUGCGUGCCGCUGGUGCGCUCCCUGAAGCUGAUUCGGACAUGUCCGACUCCGACGAUAGCGAGAGCGAGAAGAACGGUGGCCCCAGCGAUCCUGCCCGGUCAAAGAAGGCCAAGCAGGCAGCCCUCACCAAGAAGCUGCAAGAAGAGCUUGAGGCCGAUGAGAUGGACAUCGACGGCAUGACCAACGGCAAGGGAAAGGCCAAGGGCAAGGCCAAGGUCACCGAUGACGACUUGAGCGACGAGGACGAUGAGGACGAUGAGGAUGAGGACGACGAGCCUGAAGAGCUCGUUCUGUGCACUCUCGACCCCGAGAAGCACUACCAGCAACCGCUCGACAUCACCGUCCGUCAAGGUGAGGAGGUCUACCUUUCCGUCAGCGGCACUCACGACGUUUACGUUACCGGUAACUACCUCGCCUUCCCCGACGAGGAUGAUGAGGAAGACGACGAGGACGACGGUCUCGACGAGCUCGGCUACGAUCUCGGCUCCGAAGACGAGGAGCUCGACGGUAUGGGAGAAUCAGAGGAUGAUGAGCUCGAUGGCAUGAACGACCCCAGGAUCACUGAGGUUGACUCUGACGAUGAGGAGCCACCCAAGCUUGUUGACGCCAGCAAGAAAAGCAAGAAGCGCGCUGCUGAGGAUGAUGCUACCCUCGAUGACAUGAUCAGCAAGACCAACGGUGAUGCUAAGCUCAGCAAGAAGCAGGCUAAGAAGCUGAAGAAGAACGACGGCCAGGCUGUUGCCGGUGCCGCAGAGCCAGAGAAGAAGGCUGAGAAGGUUGAUACCCCCAGCAGCGACAAGAAGAAGGUUCAGUUCGCUAAGAACCUUGAGCAGGGCCCAACUGGCUCCCCCAAGGUUGACGCCAAGCCAGAGGCAAAGAAGGAGGCCGCCAAGGGACCUCGCACCGUCAGUGGUGUUCUCGUCGACGACAAGAAGGAGGGCAAGGGCAAAGCCGCCAAGAAGGGCGACCGCGUCGAGAUGCGCUACAUUGGCAAGCUGAAGAACGGCAAGGUCUUUGACUCCAACAAGAAGGGCAAGCCAUUCUCGUUCAAGCUUGGUGUCGGUCAAGUCAUCAAGGGUUGGGACGUCGGUGUCGCUGGCAUGACCGCCGGGGGCGAGCGUCGUCUUACCAUCCCUGCGGCGAUGGCUUACGGCAAGAAGGGUGCUCCCCCGGACAUUCCUCCUAACUCUGACUUGAUCUUCGACAUCAAGUGCAUCUCGGUCGGUUAA